AUGUACCCUUACUCUAAUAACCAGCCUUCGUCGUCGUCUUCGCAAUAUCCAACCUCAAAUUCAAGUCUUACUAACCAAAAUUCCACAAAUAGAGUUCUACUUUUUGGACAAAUACGCGUGAAUCCUGAUUCAUUAAGUAGAGUAUUUAGUGAUUUAACUCUUGAAUCUCAAGUAAAGCAAGAAAAAGAACAAGUAAAGACAGUAUCUAAAGUACAAAAAGAGCAAGUAAAGUGGGAAUCUCGCGAACAGGAAGUUAAACGAGAUUCACAGCAACAAGAAAAAGUAGUGCACAAUUCUCAAGAAGAACAGGUAAAUCAAAAGAGUUCACAAAAGCAGAAACAAGAACAAAAAUCUUUAGAUAAAGAAGAGCAUGAAGAAUCCUCUAUAAAAGGCACUGCCACUGCUUUUCUCUCGUCAAAAAAAUCACAAAAGAAUGGAAGUAAACCCAAAGCAUAUAGUUUUGCCUUCACUUCCCUAACGCCCACAAAUGAUUCAUUUCGCGUAGUUGGCAUAACACCAGGACUAGCGUACUGGGAAGACAACCCUUACGAAAAACUAGACACCGUACCAACAGGAUAUCUCUACUUAAUAAAAGUAUUCAAUCUGAUAGUACCACCAAACUACAUACUUAGCGUGAUAGACUUGUCUGGUGUCGUGGGUUCACCAGUACGCGAGCCAAAAGAGGUCAAUGGGAUUAUGUGGAAUCUCGUUCCAAUGUCCGAAAUCAAAGAGAAAAAUAAACAUCUAAAGAUAGGCCUGAUUCAUCAUCUACGAUAUGCUAUAGAUAACGAAGGAAUCAAUCUGUGUAUUUUGGCGGCAUUAUUUUCGUCGGAAAAAUUUUCAGCGGCACGAUUUGAAAAAUUGCUUGCGAGUUCGGAUAUCAAGGAUCCGACAAAUCGAAGAUUGUGGUAUUUGUAUGAGUUUUUGACGGAUAUGCAUCUGGAGUCUAUCAAGGAUUUGUCACCUUUGGAAAAUGAGGUUUUAUUGCUUGAUAAGAACCAGUAUUUCACAUCGACGCCUAAAUUUUCGCCAAGACAUCGUGUGGAUGUCAACUUGCUUGGUAAUCGUGAGUUUUGUCCGAUGGUUCGUCGAGAUAGCGAAAUUGGAACAAAGUGUCUGCCAAAGAAGCGACAUCCAACAUCAAAGAGUAAAACACCGAAACUUAAAACACUAUUGGAUAAAAUAGCCAAAUCGGAAAUCGCGGCAUCAUAUGCAAUUGAGCAUCGAUCAAUGCCAUCCUCUAAUACAGCAGGCGGAAAGGGAAAAGAAGCAAGUGAAGUUUUGGUUGAAAUGUUUCAAAAAUACUGUGGUCAAUCCUUUUCAAAUCCCGUGAACACAAAUGACCUUUUUUAUAUAUGUAGUAAAUUUAUUUCAGCUGAUCCGGCAAUAACAGAUUAUCGCAAAAGUCAGCCAUUUAUUAUUGAUAAUAACAAGAAUAUUAACAUUAAAUAUAUCCCAGCAAAACCAGAAGAUGUAAAUGAUAUGAUGAACGGGUUACUACUUUUGUUUGAUCAAUACCUCUGUGACUAUCUAAUGGAUCCUAUAGUGUUGACUGCCAUAGUCUCAUUCAGUGUUGGCGUAAUACAUCCUUUCGACGAUGGAAACGAAUUAUUGCGCCUUUUCCUAUUUCAUCAUGUAUUAGCAGUUUCGGGAUUCUACGUGGAAGAUCCUAUUUGUAUUCCAUUAUGCAGAGUGAUUUCCCGAAAUACGGAUCGGUGGUCGUCGUCACUUGAUCCAUUGGCCAAAUGGUUGAUGCGGUUAAUUUCAUAUCAAUGGAAUGAUGAACAGAAGACUAGUUUAGAAGUGUUGACACAUAAGACUGAUCAUUGGUAUCGAUAUUUUGACGCGACCGAGUGUGCAAAGUAUUUCACUGAACUUGUGAAAGAAGCUUUUGAUUCUCAUUGA